GCGAAUCUACUACGAAUUCGCCUUGGUGUCGAAUAGUCUGUUUUGCAAAACAAUCAAUUUGCGAGGUUGGUGGAGUUGUGCGCCUGAAACGAUUUAUACUCUGGGAAACUUAAUGAUUUGGAAAAAUGGAGUACCACACCUGGUGCCUUUUUGCUAUAUUGUUCCUCAUCGGUUCCAAUCGAAAAGUUGUGCUCGGCACACACGAAGAAGACAGCUGGGUUGAACCGGACAUUUGGGGACGUGAACAACACCAAAAUGAUCAGCCUUAUGAAAAUAGUUUAAAGAAUGCAGAAUCCACGUCAGAUUCGAAGUGCGAGAUGAAUAUUGGCAGCAGCCAGAGUGGAGAUGGCAUCGCAUUGAUGUAUUACAAGAGGCUCAUUGCGUUCUUAUUCAAUAACGACUUCUUCAAGCACGAUGAAGUGAGUGGUAAAUACAUCCGUGCUCUUGUGCUCACCGCUCUGCCCGCUCAAUUAGAACAAUUGAAAAGCUUAGAUGAUCCACGCGACUUGGAUAAUGUUUUAUCAGAAAUCCUAACCCUAGCAAGAACGGCCACCAAAGACGAUAUAUAUAUGCUCUAUGACGAUGACAAAAGCAGUAUGAACAUUUUAGGAACUAUUUGGCAUAUCGUCAAAUAUUUGGCGCAACUGUUGAAAGCGUCCGAGGUUCAAUUUUUGUUGGGGGCAGCUAGUGCGGUUUUGUUUGGUUGGUACUGUCAUCGCAAAUAUCAUAUCGGCAUUAUUGCAAUGAUUAUCGGCGCUGUGGUUUGUUUUGGUUAUUUCCACACAUAUUUAGAAUGCAAUCGGAAGUUGGAAGCUGAACACUUAUUGGAAAUGCUUGCACGUCACGAACAGCUAAUGCCGUCGGAGCCUAGAUGGUACAGUCCGAUUAUCAACUUUUUUACUUCCAGCGAGCAAAGCAGGAAACAAGAGAAAAAGGAAUAUAUAAAAAAAGCAAGUCAACUGAAUUUAAACUUCUGCCGACCCGACCAUGUGUUCCUAAUGUAUGCCAAUGACUUGUUCCUAAAGCAGUUGGGAUUUCUUAUAGAUAAAAGUGCCGAAACAAUGGAAAUGCUACGAGAAAAUUUAAGCUUCCCCUUUAACUACCUAGCCGCUGUGCUUUUGAUGUUUCUUAUUGCGUAUAUUCUGAAACUGACUUUCAAGUACAUACUCAGUCCACGCGCUUGGGCAGGCUUAAGGCAGCCAGGUGCAAUAGGGUCACAUGCACCGCAAUAUAGUGGCCUCCCUUCGAGCUCAGGUACGGCACAUCAUGAAGAUCGUAUUUCGGGUGAAAACUUAAGAAUGCUUUUGAAUGCCAUUAGCGGCGGCGCGACGUCGAAUCAAAUUACGAUCAGCAAUACAACUGCCACGGCGGCCUUGACGCAACCGCCAGACUUGGCUUCUGGGGUACAAGAGAUAUUAAAUUCACUAGAAAAUACCAACAGUGCAGAUACAGGAUCAGAAUCGUCCUCGCCAGUUGUACCAGAGAAGUCAAAGCAAAACUCGCCACAGCAGCAAGUAGCUACGCUGGAUAACAAUAACGAGCACGAUAAGCAGCUUGAGGUGUCUGUUGAUAACGAUAAGUCUAAAGACGUUCAAGUGGAGGAUGUACUGGAUGAAGAAGCGUAACAAUUAGGCACUGUUUUACGAAGAGAAAAAAAACGCUUAUCAUGUGAAAGUUAUACAUUUAUAAGCCUUGUACGCUAUACCUCCAUAUCGAAUUAAUUUUAAUUAAGCACACAAAGUAAGAUAUUGUAAGUUGCUGUUAUGUAGCCAAUUACAGUAUGAGAAAAUGUGAUAUUUGGUGAAUUGUGCAACUAUUAAAAGUUUUCUUUUUAUUUCCGAUCAUAUAUUGUAACUGCUAUUUCUAAAUAAUGUUAUACCUUGGCACUAUUGAAGGAUUUUAAAAUUGUGUUUAAGCUGGUAUGAAAAAAUAUUGCAGCACAAAUGCGCAAAUAAAGCUGAAUUUAUUUUAGAAAAUCGUUUUGCUACAAAAUCAACAGUUCGCCACACCAACUUUAUAAUGAAAAAAAGAAAAACCUAAAAUUUUAUUUCGAUUAUUAGAUUUUUAUUCAAGUAUUAUCUUUAAAUUUGUUUGUCACAAUAUUUUAUAUAUACUCAUGCUUUGUGUAUUUGUAUUUGUGUUUAAUUAUGUCUACUAUUUAUGUGUAGUUUAUGUAUAGGUGUAAAUCUGCAGCAAGUACAAUACAUACCAUUCGCCUAUAAUUAUUCCAUGCAUCUGCAACAAAUGCAUACUUAAAUACAUGCAAUGUUAUAUAAGUUCUGUUAUAUAUUUGUUUCGUAUAAGUUUUGUCUAUUCAGUUGUUCGCAUACUUAAAUUCAUUUAUUUCAAAAAUGUAUAUUGCGAAUUAUGCGCUACGCUUCCUAAUAUGUAUACAGCAGCUUUAGAAAAAAAAAUAUAUAUAUGUAUAUGUAUACUUAUUAUGUGAGUGUGCUGGUAUUAUUUCUAAAUAUGCUAAAUCGUACAAGUUAUUUUUACAUAUUUAUUUGCAACCAAUGAUGUUAUUACAAUAAUUAUGACUUAAAAUAUAUAAAAAAUGCCAUCAGCAAAUACGCAAAAGCACAAAUUAAAUAUUAUUACGUAUUCCGUAUUGCGCUUAUUCCGAUCAUAAAUUAAAAUUUUCGAAAAAAAAGCAUAGGAAUGUUGAAAUCUUGCGAUACAAUUCAUUUCCAAUGCAUGUUUCUUAUUGUGUUUGCCUACACUCCCAGACUAUUACGAAAAAUCGACAUACGGUUUUAUAAUCAAUGUAUAUUUAUAUAUGUAUGAAUGUACCUAUGUAUAAUUUUCGCAAUUUAGAAUUAUAAAUAAAUAUUCUAUUUAUUCGUUGUACUUUUAAAUAACUUAUUGUGAUGUGAUCUUCGGCGAACUCUUGGUUCCACCAACUUUUAUUCAUAUCCACUUUAUGAAUGCUUGCCGGAAACAAAUUUCAAUACAUCACGGUUAUCGGCUUUUUUUUUAAAUACUACUUUUUACUGUUAUUUAUUUAUAUAUUUUGCGAAAAUACGAAAUGCCUAAAUACCUUUUCUCUUUACUCUAAAAGCUAAUAACAAGAAAAAUGCAGUUUAACAACAAAAUGGAUAUUAUUAGUGACUUAAAACAAGGAAAAUAAAAACAAAAAAUAAAUUAUUAAAAUGUGUUUUUUGUGGAAUUUUUUUUCUAUAGGAAUAUGUAUGUAUGUACUUAAACAUACAUAUACUCCGAGCCAAAAUGUAGCUCAUUUUACUAAAAUUAUAUUUUAAGCUUUAAGAAACUAAUUCGCUCUAAGAACUCAUUCUAACACUUACCGAAUCUUGAUUUAACAAUGUAAUUACAAUAAAAAUUAAAAAGAAAAUAACUAAAUAAUAAAUAAAAUAAUUAAAUAGCAAAAUAAAUAUGAAGCGCCUCAUCUAACGUACCUGGAAAUAUUUUAUUUUGGCGCUUGAAAAUCCUUCAGCGGCAGAUGGUUUCUUUACACAUAUAAUUGUUGCUUGAACCCUUUUUGUGGAUGUUUGGGUGAGCGCCUCCUAUUUGAGGUAAGCGUCUUAAUGUUUGCCAAAAUGGAACAGCCUACAAUUUUUCGCCAGCUUUCGAAUGGCUCAUGUUUUUUUAUGAGUAGGUAUUUCAGGACAGAACUACACUCGAAGGUUUGCCAUUGUCUGCAGAAGAGCGACCGCUAUUAGAAAAUCUUUUUUUAUCAAUUAGUGUGCCAUGCCCGGAGUUUCGAGCUUGUGCACUACCGAAUGGCAGUUAUGCAGCAAACCAAUUCGGCUGAGGCGGACGCGUUUUUAUGCUUUUUCGUGACAAACAGAGAUUGGGAAACUCACUAAUGCCUGCUGAGGGGACAUCGUCUUCAUGAAAGGCUUCCUACUGCUGUUUAUAUUCAAGACAAAUAGAUUGGCGCUUUUUUACCGGCUCCGCAUGACUGAUUUUGUGGAAAGUUUUUUUCAUUUUUAUUGCAGGAGAAUACUUGGAGGUUUGCCAUUGCCUAGCGUGAGUGUUAGGUUGCGUGUUUUGGCGCCAGCAG